AACUUUCCUGUCAGUCCAGGAAGUGCACAUGUGAAGAGAGGAGAUGCAGCGUCUGACAGCGAGAGGAGCAUACUGACAGCACGAAACCCACAAAAAUACUCAAUUCAAUUGUGAAGGAGCUACGAGAAACUUCACGAGAAGAACUCUCGCACGAAAAGACAAAUGGACCGCUUCUCGAAGUGACUUAUUUUCAAAGGUGUUAUUCAUGUGCACACGUAGUGGGAACAUCACAGGGGAUGAGUGGCGAGUUUGGAAGAAGCAGAGAUGGGACACAGGGGAGUUUCAGGACAAGUACUGCGAAGCACCAGAACUCAGUGGCUAUUCGUGGAGAGGUAAAGAGGCAUAAUGUGGCCAAAGCCCAGCUCAACAGACUCCAAAAACUGGUGAGAAAUGUGAGUGAUCAGCAACUGAAAGCCAACUUGAUGGUUUCUCUGAACUGCUUACAAGAAUGUGUUAUGAACAGUCAAGAAUGGACUCUUAGUCGCACUACACCUGAAAUACGAGUGGGUGUUGUGGGUAACAUUAAAAGUGGUAAAUCAGCCCUUGUACACCGAUUUGUUACAGGAUCCUACCUGGCAAUAGAAGCACCAGAAAGUGAUCAGUUUAAGAAGGAGAUUAGUGUGGAAGGGCAGAGCUACCUUCUGUUGAUCAGAGAAGAAGCUGGAGCGCCAGAUGCCAAGUUUGCUAACUGGGUGGAUGGCGUCAUCUUUGUGUUCAGCCUGGAGAAUGAGGCAAGUUUUCAAGACAUGUUCCAGUACUAUGCUCUUUUGGCAAACUAUCGGAGUGUCUCAGACAUUGCUGUGGCCCUGGUGGGGACUCAAGAUAAAAUUUGCUCCAGCAAUCCAAGGGCUAUAGAAGAUAUGCGAGCCAGAGGUCUGUGUAAUGACAUGAAGCGGUGUAUGUACUAUGAAACCUGCGCCACUUAUGGGUUAAAUGUGGAUCGAGUGUUCAGUGAAGUUGCCCAGAAGGUACUAGCUCUAAAGCGGCAACAACAGCUACUAUCAUGCAAAUCAUUACCCAGUUCACCAAGUCACUCUGGAGGCUCCCUUCCAUUAUCAGUACAGACCAGUAAUGGUGGACCGGGCAAUGACUACUCAUCCUCCUUACCUUCUACUCCGAAUAUCAGCCACAGAGAGCUUCGUAGUGAAGUGUCAAUUGGAAUCAGCACCCCGGGGUCUCUCCACCGUGGAGCGAAACGUCGCACAAGCCUUUUCCCAAACCGAAGAGGAAGUGACAUGGAGAAGAGAAGCUUUGACAGUCGAGGUGAAGUCAGUGGAAUUGGUCGAGCUUUGCCAAUUAAGCAGAGCUUCUUACUGAAACGUAGUGGCAAUUCUUUGAACAAGGAGUGGAAGAAGAAGUAUGUGACUCUGACCAGCAAUGGCAUGCUGCUCUACCAUCCUAGCAUUAAUGACUAUUUGCAUAGCACUCACGGGAAGGAGAUGGAUCUGCUGAGAACAACAGUAAAGGUGCCAGGGAAGAGACCACCAAGAGCUAUUUCGGCAUGUGGCCCAUCAGCCAGCAUCAAUGGCUUAUUGAAAGACGUGAGCAGCCCAUCGGUGAUGGACGCACCCAGUACCAAGCCUCCAACGACAAAAAGCGGUUCUACUGGAGAUGUGAUUUCAAGUCCAUCUAGCAACAAGGAGCCCCCACCCUCUCCAAUGAGUGACAAAAAGAAGAAUAGGAAGAAGAAGAACAUAACUCCAUCAAAGACAGAGGGCUCAGCAGGCCAAGCAGAUGAAGAGAACUUUGAGUUCAUCAUUGUAUCUAGUACCGGUCAAACAUGGCACUUUGAGACCAGCAGCUUUGAAGAAAGGGAUUCUUGGGUUCAUGCCAUAGAGAGCCAGAUUCUUGCAAGUCUUCAGUGCUGCGAAAGCAGUAAGAAUAAGGCCCGCAUGGAUAGCCAAAGUGAAGCUGUAGCUAUUCAAGCUAUCCGGAAUGCUAAAGGGAAUAACUUCUGUGUAGACUGCAAUGCUCCAAAUCCCACCUGGGCUAGUUUAAACCUGGGAGCCCUGAUCUGCAUCGAAUGCUCAGGAAUCCAUCGGAACCUUGGUACUCAUCUGUCACGUGUGCGCUCCCUGGAUCUGGAUGAUUGGCCUCUUGAGCUGACACUCGUUCUAACUUCUAUUGGCAAUGAAAUGGCCAACAGCAUCUGGGAGAUGACAACUCGGGGUCGAACUAAACCAAACCCUGACUCCUCAAGGGAGGAGAGAGAGUCAUGGAUAAGAGCAAAGUACGAGCAGCGGUUGUUUUUAGCUCCAUUAAAAAGCCCUGGUAUCCCAUUGGUGAAGCAGCUCUUCAAAGCAGUUCAAGACAAAAACCUUGCCAGUGUCUUACUUCUCCUUGCCCAUAGCAACAAGGAGCAGAUCAACAGUGCCACAGGAGACAGAGAAAGGCGUACCACUCUUCAUUUGAGCUGUGAGCUACCACAUGUGGUCAUCACACAACUGCUUGUCUGGUAUGGCAUUGACGUAAAGGCCAAGGACAUUAAUGGUCACACUGCCCUCUUCUAUGCUAGAAGAGCUGGAAGUCAAGAGUGUGUGGACAUCCUUCUCCAACAUGGGUGCCCCAAUGAGCCAACAAGUUCUAUGAGUACCCCUAUUCUUAGGAGAAAAAGCAGUUGUACCAGCAUUAUAAGAACUGAUUCCCGGACUGCCCUUGUAUAGCCAGCCAUAUCAUUCACUGGCAUAAGAAAGCUGGCAUUAGAUCAAUGACUGUUGCCAGUGGAAGCUUGUCUGGUUGCUCUUCCAUGCUAAUGUGUAAUUUGUCAUACAAAAAAAAAAAGCAAGAGUCCAAUGUAUAUACUGAUGGUGUAUGUAUAUUUUGAAAGAUGCAUUUGGAUUAAUGCCAGCCAUCUCAAUGAUAUUUCCCCAUUGUAAUGUUUUCAGCUUACCCCCCUCCACCCUUGUUGCUGUGAUCCAGCAUAGCAGUAUUCAAUGCCUUAAUUCUUUCAGAACUGAAAGAACAGUAAAACUGAACAGUCCCCUUUCUUCAAUGUUUACAGCAGGCAAUCCUAGCUAAACAUAUGCGCAAUGCACCAGUGUAACAGACAGAUUCAGUGGUCAAGGUGGCCAUUUUUAUACAUCCUAGAUUACUGCUAUAUCUAAGAAUGUACGAAUAGGUGCGGAGGAGAAAAAGCAAGGAACAUACUAAAUUCUUAGGCUCCUAAAGGUUUGCACUUUUAUAGAUGAAACAAAAAGAAAAUUAUGCAAUGUAAUACCGUGUAUCAACAUUAAAGUCAUAGAUGAAGACCAAACUCAAAAAUAUUUCCACUUCUCCUUGAAGAGACCCAGUUGGUUAUGGAAACUUAUUUGCAGACAAUGCUCCACGGGAGAGAAGAUCGCAGAUUAGCUCAUGUAAGUCAAACCAGAGACUUCUUCAAACUGAAGAGUGUCUUCAUUUUCGAGCACUCUAUGGUUUGCAUAUCCUAAACUAGUUUUCAGAAGAAAAUUAUUUAGGCUGACUCUGAUGGUCACAAUAGUAAGGGAAUCAUGAUCAUACAAUAAGACUAAUUUCCACCCACACGACUCCACAUAUUUUGUAGCCAUCCAGUAGAUCAGGCAUCCUCAAACUGCGGCCCUCCAGCUGUUGUAAAACUACAACUCUCACAAUGCUCUGCUGUAGGCUGAUACCUGUAGGCUGUUCGGGCAUGCUGGGAGUUUUAGUUUUGCAACAGCUGGAGGGCCGCAGUUUGAGGAUGCCUGCAGUAGAUAAUCACUGAAAAUGCACUUGUGAAUAUAUAAUUUUAUUCCCUAUGUGCCAUGAUAUAAAGGCUCUACAAAUACUUUAUGUGAAGGACGUUUAUUUUGCCAUGGAUUAAUGUGUGCCUCCUAAUAAAAUCAGAGGCAAAAAAAGGUACAGUCAGAGGUGUAACUUGAAGCUAUUGAGCCACAAUACAAAAUCUGCAACAAGACCCCCCCCAACCUGCCAUUUGCCAUUUAUAACACUUGGGAUCCUUAGGCACGAGGGUGUGAAAUCAACUGCUACGGUACUUCUGCACCCCCAUAUAGAUACAUCACUGGGUACAGUUAGGAUCCAUAGCAGGCCAGGGGUACCCCAUUAUAGGCUGUAUUACAUGCACCCCUAAUAUGACAAUGUGCUUUGGCUUUAUACAAUGAAAUUAUGGAUUAUAUCAGUAAACAGUAACUAAACUUUUAAUGAAGUAUUUUUUAAAUGUCCCAAAUGCCCUAAAAAUAAAUUGCCAGGAUUAGCUGGGAGAGGCGGCUCCUGCCUGUGCCUGCAGGACACUUAGCUUAGCGAAGCAGGCACAGGCAGGAGCCCACUACGCUCAGCUAGUCUAUCUUUAGUAAAAAGUCAAAAUCAAUAAAUAAAGUGUAUUAGAAAAGAAUAUUUUUAGGCAAUUUGGAACAUAAAAAAAAAAACUUGCUUAAAAGUUUAGUUACUCUUUAAUGUCCAAUAUUGUACUCCCAUAAAGAACAUCAAAAUUGUAGCAAGUAUCAAUACCUAAGGUGCUCACAUUAUUUAGACUGAAUUGCACUUCUCUGGUGGUGCAUCAUCUCCAAUGAAGACAAAGGAUUGGACAUGCUGAAAUUCAACAUUCCUGAUCCUCUUUUCUCACCAACAUCGGUCGAAUAUCUUUUUUUUUUUAAAUCAGAUCAUUUUUAUUGACAAAGCGACUGUAAUCAUACAGCAAAAAUACAAACAUCGAGGUACAAUAAAGUAAAGGUACUACAACGUGCAAUAAAACAUUAGUUUCAUUUUACAUAGCAGAUAGCGAAAACCACCUGCUUGCCAAAGAAAUCAUGGCUGUAAGCUUAUGCUCUUAUUUCUUGCUUUAAUUAAUUUUUAUUUGAAAAAUUAAACCUGCUGCGUAUGCGCACCAGCUUGGCACAAGGAGCAGCAAACACCCCCCCUCCCUCCCUCUGUGCAGUGUCCACCAUGUUGGUAGAUAUAACUAUAGUUGACCUCAACCUACCUAUGUAACCCUAAAACGGGCACAACAUUGACAUAUUAUCUUGCACCCAGAGCCUCAUAAAAUCUUGUGAAGCCAGACCAUAUUGUGUAACCCAGCAGUCCCAUUGUUUCCUAAAUUUCUUGAUAGCCCCUCUCUUUUUGUAUAUACCCCUUUCCAACCCAACCAAGGCAUUGACGGACCCCACCCAUUCUUGUUUAUUCAGGCCGAUGGGCUGGAUCCAAUGUUUUUCAAUCAGACGCCUAGCACAAUAAAGUGUCUUAGCAAUUGCUAGCUUGCACCCCUCAUCUAUCCCUAGCUCCUGAACAUAUCCUAAUACACUAAUCACCAGUUCCCUUGGGGUAAUAAUAUUAUAUCUAUUAUCUAUGGUAUCAAAGACAUCUGUCCAAAAUACCCUUAGCUCCCUACAGAGCCACAGCAUGUGAAUAAGAUCUGCGUCCUCCUCUAUACAUCUAGGGCAACAUCGGUUGAAUAUCUAAUGUACAUUAAAUGGUUAGUUGGUCAGUUCCACCUUAAUCAACAUGUUCACCUGACCUUAAUCUACUGUGUAUGGCCACCUUGACAGACCAUCCAAAAUGGAAGUCCACAGAAGAAUACUGAAGACAGCAUGUGGUCUGUAGGCCAGAUGUAGACUUCUGCAUGAGCAUACUGUAAAUACCAUGAUGGCUGAACCAUAGUCAUGGUUACAGUAUCCCUUAGAUAGGCAUAGUGUCUGCAAGUUACCAAUAGAGCUGACACUUAUAGUGCCGAAAAUGUGCAAAAGGCUGACGUGAGAGUGUCAAGGGUCUGUCCUUUUAUUGUGUAGCCCUGCACAUUUGAAAGGUCAUUGAGCAUUGUUAUGUUACGUAUUUAUCCUAGAGACAAGUUCUAACUAAAAAUCUUGGAAGAAAUACUGUAGCAACAAAGGAAUUCUUGACCAAAUUCUAAAUUUUUCCAUUUUGGUUUUACUCAUAGAUUGACACAUUGCUUUAUGGAGCUUCUGUCAAUACAAGUAGUACUGUACAUAUUAGAGGGGUUUGUACAAUUGCCACUGCCUGUGCUACUUUCACACUAGCGUUUUGGCAUUUCGUUUGUGAGAUCCGUUCAGGGCUCUCACAAGCGGUCCAAAACGGAUCAG